AUGGUCAAAAAGGAUGCUUUUCUCUUUCCUCGUAUGACCAAGAAACCUCCCUUUGCUGUUGAAGCUCCGGGUGUCGAAAAGGUUGAAGGGGAAACCAUUCCCCGUAGAAAUCCUGCUGCUAAGGAUGGCCUCAUCAGCACACCUCACCCGGAUAUCUCAACCCUCUAUGAUAACCUCACAUGGAGCACGAAGACACACGGGAACGCCAAAGCGGUCGGAUCGCGCCGGAUAGUCAAGACCCAUGUCGAGAAUAAGAAGAUCAAAAAGAUGGUGGAUGGAGUGGAGAAGGAGGUCGAUAAAGCAUGGACCUUCUUCGAGCUCAGCGGUUAUACUUACCUUAGCUUCAUCGAAUUCGAGAAGCUUGCACUGCAGCUGGGCGCUGGUCUUAGGAAUCUUGGGCUCGAGAAAAAGAGCAGGCUCCACCUGUUUGCUGCUACGAGCGCGCAUUGGUUGGCAAUGGCACAUGGCGCUUCAUCUCAAUCAAUGACGUCGGUGACCGCCUACGACUCCUUGGGAGAGGAUGGUUUGAAUCAUUCCCUGGUCCAGACACAUAGCAGCGCCAUUUUCCUGGACCCUGCCCUCAUCCCCACUCUUACUCGUAUCUUGAAGGAUGCCACGGAUAUUAAACACGUCAUCUACGACACGGCAACUGAGGUCAAGCAAGAACAUAUUGACAGCCUGAAGUCUGGCUUCCCUCAUAUCAACAUAUUGAACUUUGAAGAUCUCCGGAAGCUUGGCGAAGAAAAUCCCGUAGAUCCGGUACCACCAACCCCGGAAGAUCUGUGCACGAUUAUGUAUACAUCAGGAUCAACCGGACCGCCGAAAGGUGUGGCUUUGAAGCAUCGCAUGGUUAUCGCGGGGAUGGCCGGAGCAAACACUAAUGUCGGGCAUCUUCUGGGCCCAACCGACACUCUCCUGACCUAUCUUCCGCAAUCGCAUAUCCUCGAGUUUAUAUUCGAGAAUCUUUGCCUUUUUUGGGGUGGGACUAUGGGUUACGGAAGCCCCAAGACACUUUCGGACGCGUCCGUACGUAACUGCAAGGGCGAUAUUCGUGAAUUGAAACCUACCGUCCUGGUUGGUGUACCAGCCGUGUGGGAAACCGUAAAGAAGGGAAUUAUCGGCAAUGUAAACAAGGGUGGCGCGCUUGUCAAGGGACUUUUCUGGGGAGGUCUUGGUGCCAAAAACUUCUUGAUGUCUACUGGCCUCCCGGGAUCAGGCGUCUUGGACGCAAUCAUUUUCAAGAAGGUUAAGGAAGCGACUGGAGGUCGACUCAGAAUUGCCUUGACCGGUGGCGGGCCGAUUUCCAAGGACACACAAUUAUUCCUUUCCAUGACUCUAUGUCCAAUGAUUAAUGGAUAUGGCUUAACUGAAACCAGUGCUAUGGGUAGCUUGUGCGAUCCUUUGGCAUGGACCAUUGACGCCGUUGGUGAUAUCCCGUCGUCGAUCGAAAUCAAACUUGUUGAUUUUCCAGAGGCGGGUUAUUACUCGAAGAACACCCCACCCCAGGGUGAGAUUUGGAUUCGUGGCCCUAGCGUUAUGGAAGGAUACUACGAAAACGAAGAAGAGACCAAAGCGGUUAUGACGGAAGAUGGUUGGUUUAUGACCGGCGAUAUUGGCGAGUUUGACAAAAACGGCCAUCUGAAGAUUGUCGACAGGAAGAAGAACCUGGUUAAAACGCUGAAUGGCGAAUACAUUGCACUGGAAAAGCUAGAGUCGAUAUAUCGUUCCGCAGCCGUCGUCGCCAACAUCUUGAUUCAUGCCGCGGCAGAUCAAGUUAAGCCUGUUGCGGUUAUCGUCCCCGCCGAACCUGCUCUCGCCGCGCUCGCGAAGGCGAAUGGAAUCGAAGGAGAAAGUAUCGAGGCUCUGGUUAAUGACAAGAAAUUGAACUCCAUUGUCCUCAAAGAGUUACAAAAUGCGGGUCGUGCUGGGCGUCUUAAGCCUUUUGAAAUCAUCGAGGGAGUCGUCCUCUCUGAUGAAGAGUGGACACCACAAAACGGCUACAUCACCGCUGCUCAGAAACUCCAACGAAAGAAAAUUGCAAGCCAUUUCCAAAAGGAAAUAGACCGUGCCUACGGGAAGAAAUGACUUGAGAGACUUUAGCUACCUCGCCAGUUACUUCGGCACUCUUGCUCUUUAUCGAUCUAUGUCCUAGAAUGAUGCUAUGCGCCGGCCAGUCGGGGACAACAGGAUUACUAUGCUUAUUACUAGUUAUAUCACCCUUUGCUAUAAAUAACAUAUUAUUCCCCCCGCAGCCUACCCCAGUACUCCCUUCCACAUUCCUACCUCCUUGGAAAAUCCCCGGUAAUGAAUGCCACUUAUCGACAUGCGAACGAGCUUCUUGGAUUGGACAAUCUAGCACGGUCCAAUCCACCCGUGGCUUCCAGGACAUGGAUUUACAAAUCCCUUCCGCGUCCUCUACCAGUGGCGGUUUCCAUUCUCCUUUUCCUUCUCCUUUUUUGCUUUUUGCCUCCGUUAUGUACGUUCUGUUUUCCGUUGCUCAGUAUUGUCCCCUAUAUAAACCUCGACCCAAUGUCUUUUCCCACUUCCUGCACUGAACAUUUCCCCCGAGCGGGCAACCUUACCUUUAUACAUGAAUGUACCUAUUCUCAAUGCACGUGUGAAAUUACCCCAUAUUGUUCCUUGCACGUUCACGCCUUGCCUUUUAUGUUUUUCUGGUUUGGUUUGCUUUAAGUUGUGAACUUUGUUCCGGAAUUUUUCGUUGGCUCCCUUUUUUUCUUCCUCUUUUCCUGCUUUGCUUGCUUGCUUCACUUUGCGUUUGGAAAUGUGAAAAUUGUUUUAAACGUUGAUCAGUAACUCUGUAUUUUCUGAAUCUCCUUUUUCCAAUUUUGAUGAGUUCUAUUAGAAUUUUUUUUGUAGCCUUGAUUAUUGACUCUUUUUUUUAAAUCUACGUAUGCCUCGUUCACUUUAGUUUGUUAUAUUGUUUCCCUAAAGUAUUUAU